AGAUGUUUCACUCCCUCUCUCCCAUGACGGUGAAACAGAGAUGAAAGCACAUAAACUGGGGAAAAUGGUAAUUUCUCCGCCCUUUCGCUUCUUGAUUAGCUGCAAUUGCUUUAUGACAAAACUAAUCUGGCUACUGUAUGAUCUAUAGCUUACUUUCUUGAUAAUCACACUCUUAGAAUGGAACCCAAAUCACCUUCUAAGUCAAAGAUUCAUGUUAUGGGGUUUAUUCAAAGCCCAAUAACUUUAAAAUGCGUAAAAGUAGUCCUUUUAAUCAGUUUUAUUCUAGUAUUGAUAUUUGGGUAUUUUGCAUUUAGUCCCAGUUUGAUUCUUUAUGUAAGGAAAAGAGCCUCUUAUUUUACGGUUGUAUUAGACUGUGGAAGCACUGGUUCAAGAGUGAAUAUAUAUGAGUGGAUGCCUAAUAAUGGGGAAUUCCCAAUUUUGGUGAAUACUUAUCCUGGAAACUUAACAAGGAGUGAUGGUUGUAAGUACCAUUGUGUGCAAACCGAGCCCGGGUUGGCCAUGUUUGUUGGAAAUGCGUCGGGGUUGAGAGCUUCGUUGAAGCCUUUGAUUCGCGGGGCUGAGAAGUGGGUCCCGUCCGGGAAGCGUGGGGUUACGCCUAUAUUUGUCUUGGCUACUGCCGGGAUGAGGAGGUUGCCAAUCGAGGAUGCUAGUAGAGUUAUGGAAGGCGUUGUGGGUAUUGUGAAAGAGCAUGGCUUUUUCUAUCGGAAAGAUUUUAUUAGGGUGUUGAGUGGGAGGGAAGAAGCUUAUUAUGGCUGGGUUGCGUUGAAUUAUAAAAUGAGGAUGUUAGGGAACACAUCGGGAUCUCACACCUUGGGACUUCUCGAUUUAGGAGGCUCCUCUUUGCAAGUUGUGACGGAAAUAGAUGAAUUUAGAGAAGAUGAACAUGUUUUUAGGUCGAGAAUUGGCUCGGUUGAACAUAAAUUGUUAGCGUACUCGUUACAAGCGUUUGGUUUUAAUGAAGCUUUUGAUAGGGCGCUUGCUAUACUUAGUCAGACACAGGCACGUCGAGAAAGUAGGGGUGAAAUCUUUAAAGUUAGGCAUCCGUGUCUAAGUUCUGGUUUUGUGCAAAAUCAUACAUGUCGUGGUUGCUUUGGGCAAAAACCUAGCAGCUCGGAAGAUUCUAGUAGUCGGAUGAUGACAUGUGAGUUGAACUCUAUUCUUGUACUUGGCGAUCCAAACUGGGAAAAGUGCAAAGUUCUUGCAAUGGAAGUUGCAACCAACUCAAGCAAUUUAGAGCGGUCAAAAGUUGCGGAACAGAAUUGUGUUGGCUUGCUCUCAUACGGAAGCGAUAGAAUGCAGAAUCUAACUCUAAACUCUCACGAAGUCACUCGUUAUCAUGCUUUAUCUGGAUUUUUUGCUGUUUAUAACAUGCUAAAUUUGAGCUCAAGAGCCAACUUGACGAAGAUGUGGGAGACGGGUCAGGGGCUGUGUUCCAGGUCGUGGGUUGAUCAGACAGACGCCAAUGGGCUGUGCUUCCGUAUUCUUUAUAUGGCAUCGCUUAUUAAAGACGCUCUCUGCCUUUCCAAUCUGGAGAUAAUAUUUGGUCCUGGAGACGUUUCUUGGGCGCUAGGAGCUGCACUAAUUGAAGGAGGAGAACACUCGCGGCUUAUUGCUACAGAAUCUCGAAGAAAAGGUCUUGCCACACAACACAAAUGGAUGGUAUCUUCUUCGAUUACUUUAUUUAUUGUACUUGUAUGUGUUCUGAUGAUUGUAUAUAGGAGUCAAAUUAAAUUGCCAAUGCCAGGCAGGAAGAUAACUUCUGGCCGGGCAUCUUUGCCUUCUUACCUGUCUCCCAAACAACCUAACUAAUGUGUUUUGUGGUUAUACAUGUGAUAUUUGUAUAUUAUGGACCACAGGUUAUUCAUUAUUGAAAUAUUGAGUAUCUAUCUAAUUAAAUUUAGACUGUUU